AUGUCGCCCAGAGCUGUUGACAAAUCAAUGCCGUACUUCCCUCUAGCUGGAGGUGCUGAUGAUGGCUGGUCCACGGAGGAUGAAGCGACCGCCACAUGCUUUUGCGGUGCAGUGCAACUGUCAUUCCCAACCCAUGGAGCUGGCUAUGUUGGCUCUUUCGUCUGCAAUUGCUCCGACUGUCACAAGCUUACCGCAUCUAUGCAUGCAACUAAUUUCACGGUCUAUGAUACGCACUUGAAGCAUUUGCGUGGCCGCGAUAAUCUAAAGAGGUACAGCCAGUCGCGCACUGUUUUUGUGAAAGAGCCGGGCAAAGAAAACACCAUGACCAACUACUUUUGUUCCACAUGUGGCUCGCUCAUGUACCGUGUCGGUGCAGCUUUCCCCGGCAUGAGUAUUCUGCGUGUUGGCAGCGUGGAUGACUUCUCGUUGCACGAGACUAAAUUGAGACCCACAAUGGAGCAGUUUACCAAGGACCGCGUUGCCUGGAAAGCUCCUACAGAAGGUGCAAAGCAAUUUGUGGAGGAUGGCCUUCAUGUAUAG